AAUGGCGGCGGGUCAAAAAAAUCGCCAAGCGCCAAAUUUUAGAAUUUAAUAAUUUAUAAAGUUUUAUUAAUUUCUCUGACAAUACGGUUUUUCAAGUCACAAACAUUAAGAAUUUAUUUGUUUAAUAUAUUGUGGUUACAUUUGCGCUAAUUUAAAUAAAAUGGAAACACCAGAAAACACGCCGAAAAAAUCAAGUGGAGCAAACAAUAUUCAUGAAGCGCCCACCCAACCCACUGCACAUUUAACACCACAAACUCCAAAUCGUGUGGUUGGCUCAUUGGUACUGCUAACGCAAAAAUUUGUGCAGCUUAUGAAAAGUAAUGGUGGAAGAAUUGAUCUUAAAGACGCGGCUGAUAUUUUGGAUGUGCAAAAACGUAGAAUAUACGACAUAACAAAUGUACUCGAAGGAGUUGGGUUGAUUGAGAAAUCCCGUUGCAGUAGUGUGGUGCGGUGGCGCGGUAACAUUGAUGGUCAUGACGAGGAUUCUAUUUUAAAAGCUAUAAAAACUCGUAAUAAAUGUUUGAAGACUUUGGAAGCCGACAUUGAUAUGCAGUUGGAUUAUGCCCGCCGUAAUUUGGGUUAUGUCAAAGAGGAUAGCAUUUGUAGGUCGUACGGGUAUGUAACGCGGGAUGAUCUGCUUUCGGUGUUUGGUGAAGAUGUAGUCUUUACGAUUCCCAGCCAUGAUGAGGAUGUACGGAUUGGUAGAACAAGGAGGUCUCUAUGUAUUUCUUUGGAUAACGGCAGUACAGUCGAUGUACGAUUGGUUACAGAUCAAGGACGUUGUUGCACAACACUACCGGAAACGGAAACUGCCCGAAACUAUUCACGUCUAGAAACCCCCUCACCUACUUUAUCCACUUCUUCAUCUACGCAUUCGACGGCUUUGACCACAUUGCAGCAAACUACCACCAAAGCGAACCUAGUCAAUGAGGAACACACGUACUUUUGUAAUCCUGAAAUGAAAGAAGAAAUGGAGGCGUUAGAAAAUAAAUUAACGGCUCGCAUUGUCUUGCAAAGCAGUAAAGUCGGUCAUUCGCUUCGAAGAUUUUUCCCCGAUUGCUUAAAUAUUGAAAAUCCUCCUUUGUUGCCUCUAGAUCCGCCGCAAUUAGAUUAUAAUUUCGUAUUGAGCGCCGACGAGGGUAUUUGCGAACUAUAUGACUUGUCAACCGAUUCUUAGUAUUGACGAAAUCAUUAAUUAAUAAUUGAGUAAUUGUGUGAUGAGUGAUCGUUUGAUAAAAUAUUAAGGUCUUAUUGGGUAGACUAUAUUUUGAAAUUUGGUAAAGAAACUCUGUAUAUUUAAGUAAGUUCAUUGUCUUCGCGCUAGUUCAAAUGUUACGAUUAAUCAGCAUCAUAGUUAAUUUCCCUUUAUGGCCUGAUAGUGUAUAUUUUAUAGAUAUAUUCAUUUUUAGUUGAUUUAAUUUUUAGAAAAAUUCGCAUCCUUUCUCUUUUAAUAUUUUAUUUAGCUAACGUUUAUGUUUUUUUUAAAAAGACAUUAUUAUUGAGUAAAAGAUAUAAACUUUCAUUUUUUUUUUAUUUUAUUAUUAAACGUCCCUUUUUGUAAGUUAUUUUUAAAAAUCGUGAAAUUAUUCUAUUUUUUUCUUGUAGGGGUAAUCAUUUUUUACAAUAAGAACAGAUACUUGCCUAUUCAUUUAAAUUAGAUUAAAGCUUUGGAGAAAUGAAGUAAAUGAUCAGCGUUGCGCUGUAUGUAU